CAGGCUAACCUUGCCGCAGGCCGAGCCCUGCCUCGCCAUGGACCAGGACUAUGAGCGGCGCCUGCUCCGCCAGAUCGUCAUCCAGAAUGAGAACACGAUGCCACGCGUCACGGAGAUGCGGCGGACCCUGACGCCUGCCAGCUCCCCCGUGUCCUCGCCCAGCAAGCAUGGAGACCGCUUCAUCCCCUCUAGAGCUGGAGCGAACUGGAGCGUGAACUUCCACAGGAUCAAUGAGAAUGAGAAGUCUCCCAGUCAGAACCGGAAAGCCAAGGACGCCACCUCAGACAACGGCAAAGAUGGCCUGGCCUACUCCGCCCUGCUCAAGAAUGAGCUGCUGGGUGCUGGCAUCGAGAAGGUGCAGGACCCGCAGACCGAGGAUCGCAGGCUACAGCCCUCCACACCUGAGAAGAAGGGUCUGUUCACGUAUUCCCUCAGCACCAAGCGCUCCAGCCCCGAUGAUGGCAAUGACGUGUCUCCCUACUCCUUGUCUCCCGUCAGCAACAAGAGCCAGAAGCUGCUCCGGUCCCCACGGAAACCCACCCGCAAGAUCUCCAAGAUCCCCUUCAAGGUGCUGGAUGCGCCUGAGCUGCAGGACGACUUCUACCUCAAUCUGGUGGACUGGUCGUCCCUCAAUGUGCUCAGCGUGGGGCUGGGCACCUGUGUGUACCUGUGGAGCGCCUGCACCAGCCAGGUGACGCGGCUCUGUGACCUCUCGGUGGAAGGGGACUCAGUGACCUCCGUGGGCUGGUCUGAGCGGGGGAACCUGGUGGCGGUGGGCACACACAAGGGCUUUGUGCAAAUCUGGGACGCGGCCGCAGGGAAGAAGCUGUCCAUGUUGGAGGGCCACACAGCACGCGUCGGGGCGCUGGCCUGGAACGCUGAGCAGCUGUCGUCCGGGAGCCGCGACCGCAUGAUCCUGCAGAGGGACAUCCGCACCCCACCCCUGCAGUCAGAGCGGCGGCUGCAGGGCCACCGGCAGGAGGUGUGCGGGCUCAAGUGGUCCACAGACCACCAGCUCCUCGCCUCAGGGGGCAAUGACAACAAGCUGCUGGUCUGGAAUCACUCGAGCCUGAGCCCCGUGCAGCAGUACACGGAGCACCUGGCGGCCGUGAAGGCCAUCGCCUGGUCCCCGCAUCAGCACGGGCUGCUGGCCUCGGGGGGCGGCACAGCCGACCGCUGCAUCCGCUUCUGGAACACGCUGACGGGACAGCCGCUGCAGUGUAUCGACACGGGCUCCCAAGUGUGCAAUCUGGCCUGGUCCAAGCACGCCAACGAGCUGGUGAGCACGCACGGCUACUCACAGAACCAGAUCCUUGUCUGGAAGUACCCCUCCCUGACCCAGGUGGCCAAGCUAACCGGGCACUCCUACCGCGUGCUAUACCUGGCAAUGUCCCCUGAUGGGGAGGCCAUCGUCACUGGUGCUGGAGACGAGACCCUGAGGUUCUGGAAUGUCUUUAGCAAAACCCGUUCGACAAAGGUAAAGUGGGAGUCUGUGUCUGUGCUCAACCUCUUCACCAGGAUCCGGUAAACCUACCGGGCAGGACCGCACCACGCCAGCCAUCGUCGGAGGACCCCAGCUCCUCAGCUUGCAUGGACCCUGCCUUCCCAGCGCUUGUCCCCCGAGGAAGGCGGCCGGGCGGGCGGGGAGCUGGGCCUGGAGGAUCCUGGAGUCUCAUUAAAUGCCUGAUUGUGAACCAUGUCCACCAGUAUCUGGGGUGGGCACGUGGUCGGGGACCCUCAGCAUCAGGGGCUCUGUCUCCCUUCCUAAAGGGCAAGAACCACAUUGGAUGGUCCCGGCUCAGACCGUCUGUACUCAGAGCAAUGGACGCCCCCUGGGACCCUCACUGCCUCCAUCUGUUCAUCACCUGCCCACCGGCGCCGCUUGCUCUUCCUGGAACUGCCCACGUCUGCACGGAACAGACCACCAGAUACCAGGGCUGAUUGGUGGGGGCCUCAGACCCCCGGUUGCCCAUUCACGGCUGCAGUCCCACUAUGUCAAACCCAAGGCCAGACCCAAGGCCAGACCAAGACGUGUAGGCCUGGGCAGAUGGCUCAGGGCCACUGGCGGAACCGGCCUGUGGAUCCAGGAGACAGUCCCCGCCUGGGCUUCACGGCGUCCUUGCAGCCACCUCUGCUGUCACCGCUCGAAGUAGCAGUGUCUCUGGAAGCAUCUGUGUCACGGCCGUCACCUGGCAGGCAGUGGGCUUCAGAUGGGCCUGUGCAUCCUGGCUGAGCAUCACCCUCACACCGGAGGAGGACGUCUGCUCUGGACUCGUCACCCCAGGAGAACUGAACACGGGCCUGCUCACUGCCCUGGCUGGAGAGGAGCACAACAGAUGCCACAUCCUCGUGCAUUCUUCAACACGUGCCCUCACUGGGCCAGCGUCCCCCUUCCCCGCGCAAGACUUGCGUCCCCCGUGCCUGCUGGGUGGCUGGGUCCUGUGGAGGCCAGCGGCGGUGUGGCCCCCGCUCCCAGGCUGCCUGUGUCUUCGCCUGUCCUGUCCACCAGCGCCAGCGGCCAUGGGGAAGCCAAGGAGACCCAAGGGGUCCAGGAGGUGGGCGCCCUCCGUCCUUCCAGAAGCUUCCCGGGCUCCUCUGUUCCUCUGUGUCAUGCUCCCAAGCCGCACAGCAGGCGGGGAGGGAGGCAAGGCUGGGGAGUGGGGCCUGAGCUGAGCACUGCCUGCCCCCCCGCCCCUUCCCAUUUCACUGGUGGAGACGUGGAGAGGGUGGGGCGGGCUGGAGUCCGAGGGUCCCACCUGCCACCCUGCUGUGCUUGGGAACCCCCACUCCCCACAUCCCAAUAGCCUGGUGUCCCAGUGGGGUUGGUGUGCAUGUGUACAUAUGUAUUUGUGACUUUUCUUUGGA